GGCCCCUUUAAGGGUGGGCGGGGUUUGGUUGUUAAGGACGCUGGAGGCGGGCCCGGCCCAGCUCCAGCGAGGCCCAGUUGCGGGAUGGAGGCCGAGCUGGGGCUGGGCGAGGAGCCGCGCAGGGCGGGAGUCGGGAUGGCAAAGAUGGGCCGACGAGCCCGCCAGGAUUCCUUUCCAGAGGAGAAUCGUCUCAUCAGGAAGAAUUCCUCUGCCACGUCUACUGGAGAGGAUGAAGACACUGAGGAAAAGGGCCCCCCACCUAAACCCCCACGCCGGCAAGGAGGCUGGGCAGAUGAUCCUGUAAUGGCACCUUCCAAUGCUCUCCUUGCCUCUACCAACUGGUGGUUAUGUUCAGCCCCAGUAAAAGGCAAAAAAACAAUGGGCAGAAGAGUCACCAUAAGAGACGCCCAGCAGGGCAGUAGCAAGAGAUCAGGACGGAAAACUGCAGAAGAAGUAGAAGAUCAUCGCCUCCGGCAGCAGAGCCUGGAGGGAUCAGACGAUGGAGGAGAUAUUCCAGUGAUCCCGGACUUGGAGGAAGUACAGGAAGAAGAUCUUGCCAUGCAAGUGGCAGCUCCACCCAGUAUCCAGGUGAACAGAGUGCUGACAUUCCGUGACCUGGACAAUGACCUCAUGAAGUAUGCUGCCUUCCAAACCUUGGAUGGAGAGAUUGACCUGAAGCUUCUCACCAAGGUUCUGGCCCCAGAACAGGAAGUACGAGAGGAGGAUGUCUGCUGGGACUGGGACCAUCUGUACAUGGAGGUGUCUUCAGAACUCGUGACUGAGUGGGACCUGGGACAGUCUGAGAGAGAUGAGCCCUUGGGUCAGCCCAAGAACAUCUGAGCUCUGGCCAGCUCAGCACACAGGCUCAGACAGCUACAAAUAGUUAGCACUAGUUGUUUUUUUUUUUUUUUUAUCAACUCUUGUAUUUGAGAAAAUAUUCCAGAUCUGAAAGUAAAGGAGGUGGGAGCAUGACAGGAGAGUGGGCUCGACUCCCAGGUAUUUUGUAACAAGAAUAUUUAUUUGUUCUCAAAAUGCCACACUGAAUAAUUUCAAAUACAAAAAAGCAUUUAUGUUUAAACAAUC